GUGUGUUGCAGAGUGUGCGCAGUGCAGUGUGCUCUCCCAGAGGGCGGGUGUGCUGUGUGUGGUGCCACCGCCUGUGUCCCCUUUGCCUCCUCCCUCCCUCUUGCCCAAGUCAGUCGCGGCCAUGGCGGACAGUGCCAGCGAGAGUGACACAGACGGAGGCGGCGGGAACAGCUCAGUCGCCAUGCAGACGUCUUCUUCGGCUUCCUCCUCCAGCAAGACCGGGAUCGUCAUCUCGCCCUUCCGCCUGGAGGAGCUCACCAACCGGCUGGCCUCUCUUCAGCAGGAGAACAAAGUGCUGAAGAUCGAGCUGGAGACCUACAAGCUGAAGUGCAAGGCGCUGCAAGAGGAGAACCGCGACCUGAGAAAAGCCAGCGUCACCAUUCAAGCAAGGGCCGAGCAAGAAGAAGAAUUCAUCAGUAACACGUUGUUUAAGAAGAUCCAGGCCUUGCAGAAAGAGAAGGAAACACUUGCAGUCAACUAUGAGAAAGAAGAGGAAUUCCUCACCAAUGAACUGUCACGGAAACUCAUGCAGCUGCAGCACGAGAAAGCAGAACUUGAGCAGCACCUGGAGCAAGAGCAAGAGUUUCAGGUUAACAAACUAAUGAAGAAAAUCAGGAAACUGGAAAAUGAUACCAUCUCCAAACAGCUAACACUAGAACAGCUAAGGCGCGAAAAAAUCGACCUUGAAAAUACAUUGGAACAGGAGCAAGAGGCACUAGUAAAUCGUCUAUGGAAAAGGAUGGACAAACUUGAAGCUGAGAAAAGAAUUUUACAGGAGAAAUUGGACCAGCCUGUGUCUGCCCCACCUUCACCACGAGACAUAUCGAUGGACAUAGACUCUCCGGAAAACAUGAUGAGACAUAUACGAUUUCUAAAGAAUGAAGUAGAGAGGCUAAAGAAGCAACUACGGGCUGCUCAGUUACAGCAUACAGAGAAGAUGGCACAGUAUUUGGAGGAAGAGCGUCAUAUGAGGGAAGAAAACCUGCGACUUCAGAGGAAACUUCAGAGAGAAAUGGAGAGACGAGAAGCCCUUUGCAGACAGCUGUCGGAAAGCGAGUCCAGCUUAGAAAUGGAUGAUGAGAGAUAUUUUAACGAGAUGUCUGCACAAGGAUUAAGACCACGUACCGUAUCCAGUCCUAUUCCCUACACACCAUCCCCAAGUUCCAGCCGACCCAUUUCUCCUGGCUUGUCCUACGCAAGUCACAAUGUGGGAUUCACACCUCCAACCUCCCUCACUAGAGCUGGGAUGUCUUACUUCAACUCUCCAGGUUUACAUGUGCAGCACAUGGGCUCAUCCCACGGGAUUACAAGACCCUCACCACGAAGAAGCAACAGUCCUGACAAGUUUAAGCGCCCCACUCCUCCUCCAUCUCCGAACACCCAGACUCCAGUGCAGCCUCCACCGCCUCCACCACCUCCAGCACAUCCUGCAGUCCAGUCAGCCACAUCUCAGUCCGCCACUUCCCACAAUUCAGUGCACCCUCCCUCUCAGCCCUAGUGCAUGUCGUCUGCAGAUUCUGCAUCUUGAGUUGGACUCAACAUCGAACAGUUUACUCAAAGCCAAAGGCUUACCUGUCAUAUUCAGAUUUGACUUUAUUUGCACUGAGGUUACAUAGGCUUCACUGUCUAAUUGUGUUGUAAAUGUUUGUCUCAGAAUACAGCCAGUGUUGUGGGUCUUACUGCGUUAAUGUUCCCACAAAAUUCCCCCUUCAUGUUUACUGACGCUACAUGUACGUUACUACCCUGGCUGGGACAACCUUACUAAAUGUUAUAUCAUGCUGCUCAAAGGCUUUUCUCUUGAGGCUUUUAGGUUUAUGUAAUAAAAGGGAUACAGUUUUUAUUUUUGUUUCCAUGAAAUUUGCUAAAGCAUGAUGGGUUGAAAGUUUGUUUACUAGUAUCCCGUGCAUACCGUAAAUCACUACAUUUAAAUAAUCUGACUUUUUAAAGUGCAUAUUGUGAUCAUAGGUCCAUUGGCGUCUAACUUUUGAAUCCAAUCACUCAGAGCCAGUCUUACUGUGUAAUAGAAGAGCAGUAAGCUGAUAUAACAGCAUGUUUUAUUGCAAAAAAAAUAAAUAAAGCCUAUUAAAGCACAGUGUUAAAUGUAUAAAUCAUGUGCUAGUAAGGAUGUGUUUAUGGCUUUAUGCGGAGGUAGGUUUGAAGUUCUUCAGUGCCUGUAAAUCACUUAAAUUUUUAGCUAGCUAUCCAUCGACCCAACCCCAAGUUCAGUGUCUAUUGCGCACAGCCCAUAACUGAUGCAAAGUCACAAAAACCAAAUUCUCAUUGAUUUAAUAAACAUGGUAGUGAAAAAUGUGGGCAACUUUGUUUAAAUAUGUGGAAUGUAUUGUAAAUGGAUCUUAACAUUUAAUUGUAUCAGUUUUUAGGUGAUCUUAUACCGUAAACUGUCCGCAAAUCCAUUUCUGACUCAGUAUUUAGUUUCUUUUUUUAUUUUUUAUUUUUUUUUAGGUGUAUAAAAUUGGCUUUACAAGCUAUGUAAAAUAUAUAUGGAACUUUUUUUUUUUUUUUUUGCAGAGUAUUUUAAAAUGCAAAUUUAAAUUGAACACGGGGACACCCAUGUGAGUUGAAGAGUAAAUUUUAGCUAUGUACUGGCUGUGCAGCCAGAGGCUUUGUAUUCAACAAAAGCAAGACAGGUUACAGAAAAAAUAGCACAGCUUGGCACUAAUGAAUGCUUAAUUAGCAGAAUACUGUAAGCCGGUACAAUGUAUAAGGAAUUAUUAUCUGAGUACAUUUUUUUUUUUUCUUCUUCAUUUAGCACAAAUAAAUUGUUUGGUUUCACUUUGCA